GCUCUCCGCAGGGACCAGCCUUGACUUCUACACAUAUUCCAAAUAUUAAACCCUUAUUCUAGGUACCUCGAGGUUGUUCUCAACACAUUUUCCGUCCUCCUGCCUCACUAUUGUGCCUUGCUCAGCACAUCGUGACCCCGUUUCGCAUAACGCACACAAUGUCCCCUUCCCGUUCGCAACUACUUACAUCCGCGACAGGACUAUGCAACGCUUUUGCGUCUGCUGCACCUCUCGAUGAACUGCUUUCUCACUUCUCUACCACUCACCAUGUCACUGCGAAAGAACACGGGGAGCCCUUUCUUGCUCCUUUCAUAGGUCGUCAAUUCAGCGGUCUUAGGGGCCGAGAUUCCUUGGAGACAUACUUCGGUCUCUUAGAAAAGUACCUUACCUUUGAGGACAUGAGCUUUGGCGAAUGGGUCAUCGACCCAGAGUCUCGCAAGGUUAGCUGUAAAGGAAGGGCUAGGUUCAAGUGGAUAGAGGGAGAAGGGAAUGGUCAAUGGUGGGAUGAGCAGUUCGCAUACAUCCUGGACUUUGACCAGGAUGCGAAGGUGACAGACUAUCAAGUAUGGUCAGAUUCUGGAGCAGCAUAUUUGGCUAGGAUAGGAAAGCUAAAUGACAUGCGGAAGCACUACGAGAAAGAGCAGAUUUCAUGAACUACAAAUUUUAGGACAAGAAGAAGCAUCCAUCUACAAUUUAAAUUACUGUAUCUCAUUCCAGGAAUACACGGCAGUCUACCUU